UCGGCUCCUUAACCCCAUUGGAGGACUGAAUGGCAGGGAGUGGCAAUCAGCAGGAGGGAGGGGGACAAUAGUGCAGGCGGGGUGGGGUCCCUCCUUCCCUCCCUCUCUCCCUCUCCUGGGAAAAGAAACAGGCUUGGCGAGGAGGAGGCUGGAGCGUGCAGAGGACAAAGAGAGACCUGGGUUCAAGUCCCUGUUCAUGAGGGAAGUUCUGAUGGUGGCCAUAGCCCAUUGACCAUCACUCAGCCAAUCCUAUUUCACAGCGCUGGAGUCAAGAUAAAGGGUUCAGAACCCAUCAUCAGCUCAUUCAGUUGCCCAGACGACAACCCUAUAAGGUUCUCUUGACCUUCGAGGAGGAGUGCCUUCUGCUGGAUCCGGGCCCAAGGGCUCUGCACAGGGAAGUCAUGGAGAAGAAUUGUGAGAUGAUGGCCUCUCUCGAUGAUGGGCAGAACAAUGGCAAUUAUAGGGAGCUAACUGUGGUAUCAUCUGAAACACCUAUGGGUGAAGCAGCAGGAAAAGAGAUGUUUGGAAAUCAAAGAGAAUCCCAAGAGUAUGAUGGAAAACAGUCUAAGAAUGAGAUGAAGAAAUCCUCUGCUUUUCAGGAUGCUGAUGUUCAUGAACCCUUGAUCCUACAGGAAGAUCACAAAGGAAACAGCAGGAAAAAAUGCCAAGUGUAUGGGAAAAUAUUUAGACAUUGCAGAAUCCGCACAGGGGAGAAACCAUUUCAGUGCAUGAAGUGUGGAAAGAGCUUUAGUCAGAGUGGUAACCUUACUGUACAUGAAAGAACCCAUGCAGGGGAGAAACCAUUUCAAUGCAUGGAAUGUGGAAAGAGCUUUAGUGUCAGCAGUAACCUUAUUUCACAUCAAAGAACCCACACAGGGGAGAAACCAUUUCAAUGCAUGGAGUGUGGAAAGAGCUUUAGCGUCAGCAGUAAUCUUACUUCACAUCAAAGAACCCACACAGGGGAGAAACCAUUUCAAUGCAUGGUAUGCGGAAAGAGAUUUAGUCAGAGCAGUAAACGUACUGCACAUGAAAUAACUCAUACAGGGGAGAAGCCAUUCAAAUGCAUGGAGUGUGGAAAGAGCUUUAGUGAGAGCAGUAAACUUACGAUACAUCAAAGAAUACACACAGGGGAGAAACCAUUUCAGUGCAUGGAGUGUGGAAAGAGCUUCAGUGAAAGCAGUACCUUUACUAAACAUCAAAGAACACACACAGGGGAGAAGCCAUUUAAAUGCAUAGAGUGUGGAAAGAGCUUCAGUCACAGCAGUAACCUCAGGUUACAUCAAAGAACCCACACCGGGGAGAAACCAUUUCAAUGCGUGGAGUGUGGAAAGAGCUUUAGGCACAGCAGUAACCUUAGUUUACAUAAAAGAACACACACAGGGGAGAAGCCAUUUAAAUGCAUGGAGUGUGGAAAGCAAUUUAGUCAGAGCAGUAAACUUACUGUACAUGAAAGAACACACACAGUAGAGAAACCAUAUAAAUGCAUGAAGUGUGGAAAGAGCUUUCGUCAAAGCAGUAAACUUACUGUACAUCAAAGAAUCCAUACAGGGGAGAAACCAUUUCAGUGCAUGGAAUGUGGAAAGAGCUUCAGUGAAAGCAGUACCUUUACUAAACAUCAAAGAACCCACACAGGGGAGAAGCCAUUUACAUGCAUGGAGUGUGGAAAGAGCUUUAGUCAGAGCAGUAACCUUACCAAACAUCAAAGAACCCACACGGGGGAGAAACCGUUUCAAUGCGUAGAGUGUGGAAAGAGCUUUAAUCACAACAGUAAACUUUCUGUACAUCAAAGGACACAUACAGGGGAGAAACCAUUUAAAUGCCUAGAGUGUGGAAAGAGCUUUUGCGUGAACAGUAGCCUUAGUGUACAUCAAAGAACACACAGGAGAGAAACUAUUCAAAUGCCUGGAGUGUUUAAAUAAAUUUAGUCAAAGCCAUAAACUUCCUAAGCAUUACAUAACCUACACGGGAGAAACCAAAUAAAAGCAUGGAGUGUGGAAGAAACUAGAAUUCACUGAGUGAAUACAGCUUCAUUGACAACCAAAGUCUUAUUGUACAUGAAAGAAUCCAUGUAGGAAAGACAGUAAAAAUCAACAUUGUUUAAAGAGGGACAAGAGUCUUGGCAUUUGAAAAUCUUACUGAUGUAUUAUUGCAUAAGCCGGCGUGGGAACUGGCCAGUGGACCUACCUUGGCCUGCCACGGUGUCCAGUUUGGCUUAUGAGGCCAUUUCUACCAAACCAUGCCUACCAACCCACCCAUCAGCUGACAUCACUGGUCUUCGCUCCAAAACAUCUCAGAGCGUGGAGGGUGGGCCUAAGAAGGCCUGCUCCCUCAUUGGUUUUUUCUCCUCUCAGCUGUCCUUCCAUUGACUGUCCCCAGCGCUUGUCUUUCCAAUUUAAUAUUUAGCUCUUUAUUUAAGCUAUUUCUCAUAUUCCUUUCCCAGUGCUCGAAGCUGCUUAAAAACAGAUGUGUACUAAUGGAAUGAAAGGAGAAGGCCCUGACCCCUUGAACAGCUACUUUAAUUGCAUGAACCGGGGGGGGGGCAAGCACAACCCCAAACAAGGAGCUUGUACCCCCCAUUGCUGUACUCCUGUCAUUAGUAGAGCAUGUUCUCUAGACUGUGUGAGUUAGGAUUUGCCAUCCUGUUUUCAGCAAAGCCCUUGCCUAUGUAACCCUUAUAGCUUAAUUUUAGAUUUCCUUUAGGGACAUUGCUCUUGUGUGCAACCCGGGGAGGAGGGGAGGCACAUGGGAGGCGAAAUGUUUCUACUCAUCUCUCCUUAGUCAUUCAUAGAACAGAGAGUGGGGUGGACCUAUGUGGGUGCCCUUUCCAGCCAAUCAGUACCACACAUUCUUCCUGUGAGUGUUCCUCUUUCCCAGAUCAUUCCCUCAUUCGCAGAGCCCUUGCAUCUGGCAAGCCUUCAUUAUGAAGAACUUCGUAAAUUCAUUGCCUCUUUUCACUGUAAAUUUCUGCCGUCCGUCCCUUGUCAUUUGUACAUUUAAAGGUCAGCAAAAGGGUAUCGGUGUCCUGGAAAUGUAUGAUCACCUAAAUAUCUCUUUCAUUUCCCUCCUCACAUCGGGAAAUUUCACUGUGCUGAGGCUCUUGCCAGAAUAGCUCAAAAGGUGUGUUAAUCUUUUUCUCCCAUCUCAUGUGGACAGCAGAAUAAGGGGUGGUUUUUUUUUUCUUCUAGAAGCCAUUUUGCAAAAAUUUUGACAAACUUCCUGGAUGGCCCCACCUUAACACUUUUAACACCUGUUCACUGUCAAGACGGCAGGGUUUACAGUCUUGGUUUUUAUGUAAAUUUGCAGGCCCAACUCAAGCAUACGAGAUGGUGUUUUUCAUCUCUGCAUUGAGGAAUCUUGGGAAACCCAAGGGAUGUCAUUUCUCUCUGCACAAAAAUGUUUCUGAUGGACCCCCGUCUUGUCUUCUGUCAGAGGCUGCCCUUAGCUCCUGUGCUAAAGAAAUCAUCUAAUCCAACAGACCACAGCCUUGAGGAACAAGGAAAAGCAUUAAUGUCCAUUCUAGUUUUCCUAUGUGUAUCCAGGAAUAUUUUUAAUAACACUUGUACAGUAUUGUUUUUAAACUCUCCCAAACUCAGCCAAGCAUCAGUGGGCUUUUUAUCACUUUGGUUUAAUACAGGGUUUGCCAAACUGUGGUCUGUGGGCCACCAGGAGUCUGUGAGAUUUAUUCAGGUGGUCUGCAGCAUGUCUGUAAAAAUACAAAUUCUAAAAAUACAGUUACAGUAUCUAGUAUAGCACAUUGCUACAACAGGCAGAAAAAUCACCAAGUGGUCUGUCAAGACCCUCAUCAAUUUAAAAGUGGUCAGGGGGGGACAUUUGGGAACUUCUAGUUUAAUCCAUGUUGUAAAUGUGCUAAUUCCCAUUAGAUAAUAAAUUUUGU